GCAUCUUCUGACACCAGCGCUGUGGAGUCAGGACGAGCGUGGAAAGAUCAAAGAAAACGAACGAAGUGUUUUGGUUGCGCUGCGUGUUCCAGAAUAACCCCGAGACAAAGCAAAAUCAUAAUCGCAAAAGGAGACGACAAAGGGAAAUCAACACUCUCUCCAGUGCUUGCUAAUUAGCAGUCUUCAGGUGUUAACAUUCCUUUCUUUACUCUACAUUCUUCCCUUCUCUUGCCGCUAGGCAUCGAGAUCGGAGCACGGAACCCAAUUCCCUCACUUCCUUCCUGUUCAAUUUUUUUGAUGUAGCGCACUAACAAGCGCAAUCCAACCACCCUAAAGCGAGUUCUCUUCUUUAUGGCAUGCCCUCUAAAUUCCAUCAGCUACAAUGGCUCCCUCUGCGCCUGCCCUCCUGGCUACCUCCUCGUUCGCCCCUCUAACAGCUGCACUCUCUUCACCGCUAACUCCUCCAUUAAUACUGAAUCUGGAGUCGACUACUAUGCCAUCAGCUUUCCGGAGACCAUCUUUGCCUUUGAUUCCAUCAAGAAGUUUACGCAGUCCCAGGCUGUGUUCUUGGAGGCCACCCUCGUUAUGCUUCUCUCUUGGCUUCUCCUCUGCUUUUUCUUGAGGUUUACGAACCUUGGCGAUGGCUCUACUAUAUGGUUUAACAUCAGAUGGUGGAUCAGCCGUUUGGAUAUUUGUUUUGCCACCAGGCAUUGGCUGGAUGACCAGAAGGUAGUUAAAAAGCGCAAAACAGAACUUGGCGGAACUUUCUCCAUAGCAAGUUGGAUCCUUUUUAUUGGUUUAUUUGCUGCGUUGCUGUACCAGAUCAUAUCAAAAAGAACAAUUGAGGUGCAUAAUGUGAGAGCUACAAGCAGACCAGAAUUAAAUUCAUUUAUGAAUGACAUGGAGUUCAACAUAACCACCAUUUCUAGUAUGAGCUGUUCAAAUCUACGUGAUCUUGGUAGCUUUGUUACUGGAAAUCCUGGAUUUAUUGAUCAAAGAGUUUCUUCUCUAUCAACUUUGGCAAACUACUCUUGCCACAACUCAAGCAAGGGCCCAACCGUAACACUUAAGUGUAAAAACUGCAAACUGGUUCAUGAUAACAUGUACAUUUCUUGGCAUUUUGCUGAUCUCCCCAAUAAUCCUGCCAUGGCUGUUGGGUUUGAGUUCAAUCUCUCUGCAAUGGAUAAUUUAAACAAGUACGUGAGUUUUGUUAGUGGAACUCUAAAAAAUGGAAGUGCUUUUGAUGAUAGACCGGUUACAUUCAGAGGGAGGGAAUCAAAUAUUUUAAAAUUUAACUUGUUCCCCCGAAUAUACCAUAGUUUACAUGAUUUGAAGCUAAUCCAACCUUUGUUUCAUGAGUUCCUGCCUGGCUCAAUUUAUCGUGAUGCAAAUCAGCUGCAGGCAUCCCUUGAAAGCUCUGUUGAUGGACUCUUAAAUACUACAUUGUACAUCAAUUUUCUGUCUGCUUAUACUGUGGAAAUUGACAAGAAGAGUAUCAUGGGUCCUGUGAGCUUUCUUGCAGAUCUUGGUGGCCUGUAUUGUAUUAGCAUAGGCAUUUUUUUCUACCUGUUGAUACAAUGUGAGUACAGGAUAAAGAAACUCCGAAAUGAAGAUAGUAUUUUGCGGAGAAUUAGAAAUCAGCGCAAAGCUCGAGAGCGAUGGGACAAAUUGAGAAAAUAUGUAAUGUACACGUAUGGCUGUAACACUGGAGAUGACAUUUACAAGAACUCUAAAACGGAAUCAAGUUGCAGUGGGCUCAUGUUGCAAUCAAUUCGUGGAAGUGGGUCAUCACAUAAGCGAAGGCAACAAAGCAGAACAAGUUCAAUCAGUUUUUACAGCAAAGCCAGUGGAACUGCAACCAGGUCAUUGAGCUGCAAACCACUUAAAUCCACAAAUGAUCAGAAGAAGCAUUCAGAAGAUGUAUCAAAGCAGCAGAGUGUUGGUUCAAGUGAAGAAAUGACUCCGUCUCAACCUCAAGAAUCUUCUUUCAUUGAUAACUUCAUUCCACCACCACCUUCACUAGAAUUUAAGAGAGAUUCUGAAAUGGACUUGUCUGAUGUCAAGAGGAAUCUAAAACUUUUGCAUGAGUAUAAUGUAAUGCUAAGGGAGAAAUUGGUGGCUGGGCAGUCUCUGCUCCAUUCUACAUCAUCUAGGCAUUCGUCUCAAGUAAACAGUAAAGAAGAAGCUGGAAGAAAUGAUCAGAGAAUGUUCUGUAUGAACAUCUGAAAACUUGUAGCAUUCCACACUAGAUCCUGCGGCAUUCAAAGAUGCUGGAUGGAUAAGCAUGGCGAUAGAAAUUUGCAUGAUUUGGUCUGCUAUUCUUUCAUGUUCUUGUCAAAUUGAUAUUUCUUAUGGUCGUGGAUGUACUGUUUGUCGUGAAACCAUUUGUGGAUAGGUCUUUGUUGUGUCAAUAGCACGUGCAGAUAGGUGAAGGUUUUCCUAGCGUGAUGCUGACAUGAUGUCUGGUAUUCUCUGAUAUUGCUGGAGCUUCUUGCAUGUCUAGUUUUUCAGAUUAAUUAGUGAGCCGUCGAAAGAUCUAUCGGUGCAUGCUAGACCAUAUCAAUUAGUUUGGAAGUAGGUUUGGUGCUGUUGGCGAUAUAAUUGUAUGGAUCCUGGAGUUAAACAGUUUUGGCACAAGCCUCUACUGAGGACUUGUAUGAAUAACAGGGGACGGGUCUAUAAUUAUUUUUCAGAAGUAAUUAUCAAGCGUGGCAUCAUCUAAAACUAGGACCCGAUGCAGUAUCUGAAAAAUAAGUCAUGUUGUUCAUAACUUGUAAAUAAUAGUGCUUGUUAUAAAUUUCAUAUUGUAUAGAAUAUUCCCAUC